UUUGCAUAAAAUUGUUUAACAAUGGCGGACAAGCGAUGAAACUUGUUUAUUUUAUAAUUGUGCGAUAAAAAGACAUUAAAAUGGCCGAGACAGUUUUAGACAGACAGAAAUUGUUUGAACUUGACUUAGAUAACCAGAAAAAGAAUGUAUUUGUCACACAAUUGCACGACAGAGAGGAUGAAGAUGACAUCACAGCCUUCCCAGUUGUCAAAGAGACUGGUGACAAACUCAUCGAGACUGGAAUUAACACACUGCAAAGGACAUUGUUGCUCAAGAAAGAGGUUGAAGUCGAUAGAGUACAGGCGGAACUUGAGGCAAAGCGAUAUGAAUUUCGAGAAAGGAUGGAGGAAUGUGCAAAGCGCCAGAUUGAAAUCCAGAAAAGGCAGCAAAAGAUGAAAGACAGAGUAGCCCAGUUUGGAUCUUUCUUGAAAGAAAAUGAACUUAAGCGGCGGAGAGCCAUUCAGAAAUACCAGACAGAAGUCAAGUUGAAAGAGCAGAAAACUGUGGAAAUGGAACAGCUGCAGGAUGAAUUAGAAGUGCUAAAAGACACAAUGUUGAGACUGGACAAGAAAGUGAAACAGUACAAGAAGUUUGAGGACUACCUCCUACGGGUGAUUGAUGUGAUGCCCGAAGACUAUCUUGCUGCAUCUGAUGACAAGAUGAAAGGGUUGAUGUCCCGACAUCGCACGCUGAGUGACUCCAACAUACAUCUAGUCAACAAACUGGAGGCCAUGACAGAUGAGUUGGAAGAACUAAAGAGUAAUCUUGACGGAAUGAAGAAUGAACACAACAAGCAGGUAAUCUCGAUCAACAGUGAGUUGUCACGGUUACAACAGGUGCAGGAGGUGGAGAGUGCGGACAACCAGAAAAUGGAGAACCACUAUAAUGCAACGAAAGGUGGUCUCAGACAAAAGAGAACCGAGCUUGGAGUAAUUAUGAUGGCCAUUGAUAAUAUAGCAGAGAUCUGUCACAAACGUUUAGAUGUUCCUGUUAUAGAAAUGUCCCUUGAACAGAAACUCAAGAAAAUUAUGGAUUAUGUGAAUGACCGGGCAGAUGUUGCACUGAUGGCUCAGCCAGAUAGCGAUGAUGAAUCACGGUCAGGGAGCAGAAGGGGCAGUGUCGACAAUUCAAAACGCUCAAAAACAAAAAAGAAAGUGACAUUAAAUGGAUGAUUAGAAUUAUCUUUGGUAACAUAAGAUCAUUGUUUGGCCUUCAAUAUAGCUUAACUUUUUGUGCUUUCUAAGACUUGACUAAUGGUGCCUUAAUGAUGUGAAUAGAUGUGUGACAUUGCAUGAUUGUGUGACAUUGCAUGAUUAUCCAUGCUGCAUUCUUAGGAAGUUUGCCUUUGUCUUGUGGAUUCAUGUCAGGCAGGAGUGACCCAUAGGCUUCCCCUCAAUGUUUAAGACUUCCUCUUUCGGUUUGUAGCUCUUCUGUUUUGGCAUAGUUGUCAGCCAGUCAUGCCAAACUUUAACUCAAAACUGUUAAAGACAUUCACAUGGAACUUGGUACACAUGUUACCAUUGACAAUACACUUUAUUUCAUGCAAGGCCCAUAUCUCAUGCUGUGAUAUUUGUUGAGUUAUGGCCCUUUAUUUAUUGACGAAAACAGACAAACAUAUGCUUUUAAAAGCUUUCACUGCUAAUGUUCUUCUUGCCAUUGCAGGGUUAGAGUCUCUAUGCAAUCUAAGGCAUGUUUUUAUGGGAUAGGACAUUUUUUGGGUGUGGCUAAAAUGCUAGAAUAGAAUAUACACUGAAUAAUGUAAAUGGCAAAAUCUAUGUGAAGGAAAUUAUGUCAUUCCUUUGCUCACCAAAUAUGUUUACUGCUAGUGUAGCCAUUUUCACAAAUUUUGUGUUUCAAUGGAUAUGUCGGAAUGUACAAAACAUGGCGUCCCUGGUAAUGUCUGUAUUGUUACUGUAAGCUUUUUUAGAACGAGACUAGAUUUUGCUCAAGAUUUUGACAGUGUCACAAACUGGUUUUUAUGCACUGUAGAAUUUGUCUGUCAGCAUGAAAUGCCUGAAAUAGUAUGAGAUGGAAUGACACGUUAUACAUUUACAAUGUAAAGAGUUGGUCUUAUAUGCCAAAAUGAUUGGAAACAAGUUUGAAGUUAAAUUGUCUUCUAAUCGUUUCCUUUGUCGUUUAUUGUUGAACCAAAAUGAUCUUUUAAAGAGUUAAGUCUUAUACAUGUUGAAGAUUUGUUAGCUACUAGAAAGAUGAUUGAAAAAUGUUGUUUUAUAUGUGACAGCAUUGAAAUAUGUAUUGAAUCUGAAUAAAAUUUCAGACAUUG